AUGACAGUGACGUCACUGCACAGCAUAAUGCGCUUAUUUUUUAUUUUCCUAAUAGGCCACGUGCCUAGUUUCCUGGCUUGGGCGAACCCCACCAGCGAGGAUGAUCUCAGCCAGGACACCCCCUACAUGAAGGAACUCCUCCGAGAGGCCAAGGUUGCCGAGAUUGAGAGCUUCAUGGACCAAAAGGUCGAUCCGUGCAGCGAUUUCUAUUCAUUUUCCUGCGGCAACUAUGCCAAAAUUAACUCAGCUUCUAAUUUGGGCGUACUUUCGACUGGAGUAUUCGAGACUCUGACCAAGGGCCUCAACCGGAAGAUCCUAAAAAUGCUCAAUAAGGCGCAUGAUAUUCAUGACACUCCGGAGGAUAUUCAGGUGAAGCAGUUCUACGAAUCCUGCUUUCGCAUCAAGGAGCUCAACUACCCCGAAAAGCUAAAGAAACUUAUUGCGGAGUUUGGAUCGAUGCCUUUGCUCGAGGGAUCCUCCUGGAAGGAGGAGGAUUUCGACUGGCUAAAAACUACUGCACGCAUCGCCCACCAAUACGGAAUAAUGCCCAUAAUUGGUGCAGAAGUGUUCAAAGACAUCGCUAGCAACCAAAGGAACCGAGUCUACAUAGGACAGCAGAACUUCCCCCUUGAGUCACGAUCCAUGUAUCUGGACAACAAAACACUCACCUACCGCGAGGGGUACUUAAGUGUUAUCCAAAGGCAUCUACAGCAAGCUUUGGCCGUAGACACAGAUUUGGCAACAAAAACGGCUAAGGAGCUGCUCGACUUUGAGGUGGACCUUGCCCACGGAUUGCAGGACGAGAGCGCAGGCUUAGGAAUCAGCGAAAUGUCCGAACUACUAACGGUCCCCGAAAUGCAGAAACGGUAUUCCCCUAUUUUGGACAUCGAUCAAUGGUUAUUUAUAAUUUUGGGAGAGAGAGUCUCUGACGAAAUCUACGAGUACAACAAACCCUAUCAGCAAAAUCUGGUCGAAGUCAUCAAGAGAACGCCCAAAAGCACUGUAGCAAACUAUAUAUUUUUCCGCCUUAUCUAUGAAUUUGUUGAACUGCCAUCCGCCAAGCCGAGAAAACCACAACAGGUCUGUGUGGAUCUCACCAAGAAGUUCUUUGCCAAGAACCUGGACAACAUGUUCUAUCGCCGUUAUAACAACGAGAAAUCCUCUAGUGAAAUCGACAAGAUGUGGCUUCAACUGAAGGCCACCUUUAAUGAGACUCUUCGCUCCAGUUCGGCAUUAGAUUGGAUUGAGCCACCCACUCGGAAACUGGCCAUUGCCAAGCUAGAAGCCAUGACCCUGCAGAUUAACAACUACGUCUGGGAAAACCUAACCGAGGAGUUUGUUGAUCUCAGUCUUCAGAGCUCCGAUUAUGUGGAGAAUGUGCGACAGAUUAAAAUGGUGGGUGCAAAGCUUAUGCGACAAAAUCUUCACAAGCCGCCAAAGCCAGUGGAUUUGGGACUCCAACUUAGUUACACCGCUGCGAACAUCCUGAUAGAGAACACCAUCAAGGUUCCGGUUGCCCUGCUCCAGCCCUUCUACCUUUGGUCCGAAGUAUAUCCAAAUGCGGUCAUGUUCGGCUCCUUGGCGUAUCUUAUUGGACAUGAGUUGAUCCACGGGUUCGACGACAGCGGCAGGAAGUUCGAUGCCAAGGGAAACUCAAAGGAUUGGUGGGACGAGGGGUCCAGCGGGAAUUUCCUGAAACGCAGAGAGUGUUUCACUAAGCAGUAUGGCAGGUAUGUUUACGACGGGAUUCAGCUGAAGGAAUCCACUGCUCAGGCGGAGAAUAUUGCUGAUAACGGGGGAUUGCGAUUGGCCUACACCGCCUACCGGAAGUGGUUCGAUUCCCAACCGCCCAGCGAUCUGAUAAGGGAGACCCUUCCCAACUUUCCAUACACUGCCAAACAGCUUUUCUUCAUCAGUUUUGCUCAGAUCUGGUGCAACGAUGUACAACCGAAACUAAAGGCCCUUCAAGUAUCAACCGACCAACAUAUGCCAGGAAAGUUCCGAGUCAUAGGAUCUCUAGCGAACUUUGAUGAGUUCUCUAAUGAGUUCAACUGUCCAGCCGGAUCGAUCAUGAAUCCUAGAGAGAAGUGCAUAGUCUACUAG